AUGGAGCCCGCGGACUCCGACCGUGAGGUGCCGAGCGCCCUAGCCCAACGAGCGAUUCGAUGCGACAAGCGCUCUCCCUGCUCCAAUUGUCGGAGCGCGAACAUUGCCUGUCGAUCGACUGGUGAGGGCCAGAAGCAGCACGAACCCCGGCGCCGUGUGCUAAUUUCCAGCCAAUACAGACAUCCUCAUCAACCCCGAAGCUUCAUAGGAAUUCACCAGCACCCCCCCCGGCAAAAUAAAGGACCACGAUCUGCAGCAAAACCCGACCAUGUAGAGUCAAAGGGCCCUAAUUACAGAUCCAAUGCGGCUAUCGAGCAGCAUGAUUCGAAUUCCGGGUUCGAAGGUGGCUCCUCCCUGUCUGCUCAUUCGGCAUAUGCGAGGGAGUUUCUUGAAUCAGCCGUAUCGCAUGGAACUCCAGAGAUGUUUGCGAGUCCAAAGAUCAGUGAAGCGCUUGCGUCGCUGAAGCACAUUGUCGAUAUGCAAAAUAGGAGACGAGAUGGUGAUGACCAGAAAGGCACUGAUUCUAGUCGUGAUAGCCGGCUAGGUGUCCGGUGUGAUAUCCAUGACCUGGAAAUGCCACCUCUGCCGAUUGUUUUGGAGGUCGUCCGGGCAGCUAAAGAAAAUCCACCAUCUGCUUUUGCUGGUUGGAUUCCCUUCUUGACAAUUGAUUACUUUGUUGAGAAAUGCCAGGGGGUUUAUUUUGCUACUGAUGAUUAUGCGGAGACCACUUUCAUCAUAACGAAUUUUGGCCUCUAUACCAUUUUCAUGGAGUACCAAAAUACUGGAAUUGGUCAAAUUAGCAAAGAUGAGUAUCUCUACUAUAUGCAACUGAGCAAAGACAAUCUUGAGGCUGCGCUUGCCAAUCUGAACAUUUUAAUGCCCGCCACCUUCGAUUCUAUUGCUGCGCUAGCCCUUGGGGCGAUCCAUGGAAUUGAGAUAUCAAAGCCAUCUGUGGGCUGGACUUUGGCCUCAACAGCCAUCCAUAUGGCCCAAACUCUGGGAUAUCAUCGCCUGUCAUCAAUGGAAAAUGAGUCAAAAGAAGUCCAAGAUCAAAGACAGAGUCUAUUCUGGUCGAUAGACACCCUUUUGAAUAUACUAUCUUUGCGAUUAGGCAGAGGAUCUGUGGUCCAGGACUACGACAUCACGAUACCUCCACCAUUGGCCUCCAUGUCACGCGCUGAGCCUUGGGGACCGGUUUCUGCUCUUUGGUGUAAGCAAGCCGCCAUUCAGAAUCGGAUGUACACCAUGCUGUAUAGUCCUGCAGCAUUAAAGCGCCCUGAGAAGGAGCGAGUUUCCCAUGCACGUCAAUUGGCUGAAGAGCUUCUGUCGAGUGUAAUUGAGCCUUUCAAUAAUAUCGUUGCUAACGGAGCCAAUUUCUCUGAAAUUGACAAGCUAUAUGUGCGCUCAGACGAAGUCAGUCGAUACGCAACCUUGACUUUGAUAUAUCGAGCUAUCCCAGUUCCACCCGGAUCAGAUUCGGGUCUAACAUUCAUACCGGAAUGUAUCGACUCGGCUCGAGCGGCUUUAGAAGCUCACCAGCUAUGCAUGUCUGAUUUAAAGGAGACGGACGAGAUGAUGCGAAUCUCCUACUUGCAUUGGGCUGUAUUUCUCUCUCCAUUCAUACCUUUCAUCGUCAUCUUCUGCCAUGUAAUUGCAACCUCAGACCAAAAAGACCUAUCCCGCCUUGAAGACUUCAUCGCCUCUCUCCGCCCUCUUUGCCGCUUCUCCCAGUCAGUCGACCGACUACACGGUCUGUGCUCAGUGCUUGGCUCAGUAGCCCGGCUAUACAUCGAAGCCAAAAGCCGAGACCAAGCCGGCGAAGACCAAAGCCUUGCAUCCGUCGGGCAAGAAUUUGAUGCAUACCUCAGUGCCCUGGGUCUAGCACCAGGAAACCUGGCCCCGAGUGCCCAGACAUAUUACCAAACUGAUGGUACGCCAAUGCAAAUGAGUGGUCCGGAUACUUCCCAGCAAGGUCUCGGGCUUUCUACGCCAGCGUUCCAACAGCAGACUGAAGGGUCGAUGUCCAUCGCUGAAAUGUCCCAGGCAGCACAGCUGGGCAAUUGGUUCUCGAGCAAUCAGCAUAUGCUGGGAUUGCUCGAGGAGGACAUCUUUCAGGUUAUGCCGAACUCCUAA